AUGUCUAAUCAAUCUGGUAUUUCUGCAAAUGAAGAGCUACUGAGCGUGAUUCGUAAUACCGAAACCGAUGGAUUACUUAUAAUUGUAGCUAAAAUCUCACAGGAUUCUACUGUGGUAGAAUUCAAAGAUAAGUUUGAAGCAACAAAUGACUUAUUACAACAUCUAGAUUCUGAACCAUCAUACGUCCUGAUUAAGGAUGCUAAGAAAAAUCCAAAUGGUUACGAUUUUAUCUCUUUUGUUCCCGAUCUUGCACCUGUUAGAGCUAAAAUGCUUUACGCCUCCACAAAGAAUACUCUUCUAAGACAAAUCGGUUCUAACGUAAUUAAUGGACAAAUGAUGUUUUCAGAACCUCAAGAAAUUACUGAUUUUGUGAAUUCUUCCACUACAACUUCUUCUCAAUCAGGUUUAUUAAGCGAAUCCGAAAAGAUUGGUAUGCAAAUCAACGAGGAACAACGUAACAUGAGAGCAUUACAAGGUCACAAACUAGUGUCUCAAAAUAAUGGAACUCCAAACUCCCUAACUUUUGAAGUUAAGAGUGGAACAGGCUCUAUUAAAUCUCUUUUGGAUUCCAAUAACGUUGCUAUGUUCAAGAUUAAUAUGGAUAAUGAAAAAGUAGAGGUAGCCUCUCAAACAAACAUUGCUAGUCCGAAUGAUAUAUCGUUAACUGGUGAGCAUCCAAGUUACACUAUCUUUAAGAACGGAGAUUUGUACUAUUUCAUUUACAGUUGUCCUUCUGGAAGUAAAGUGAAAGAACGUAUGUUAUAUGCAUCAAACAAACAGGGUUUUAUCAAUCAUUUGAAGGAGAAUGAAGGUAUCUCUUUUACUAAAAUAUUAGAGAUUGGCGAUGCAGAAGAAUUAGAAACAUCUUUGAUUUCAAGUUCUACUGAAACUGAACUAAAACAGACAGAAGAAGCAUCUAAAACUGACAAUAGUUCACAAAAGUUCAAUAGACCAAAGGGUCCAGCUAGAAGAAAGAGAGUGUAA